AUGGGCGACAUACUCGUAUCUUCGUUCUGGCAGGAUGAGUCCGCUCAGUAUUUGGCCGUGUCCGGCGUGGCUUUGGUCAUGUGGGAUUAUUGUACGAGCUUCGACGUAGAGGUAAAAUAUUUUUGGAAUGGCGAGUGGAGCUUGUCGCGGGUCCUGUUCUUCCUGGAAGCCAAAGUCGUCAUCCACCAAUGGAAAGUCCUGAUAGUCUGCACGGGCCUCCUGCUCUCCAUCAUCCAGGCCAUGCACACCUUACGGCUUUGGUACCUCUCCGCGAGAUCGAAGCCGCUCAGAAUCGCACUCGUGCUCACUUUUCUUCUCUUCGUCAUCUCGCAAAUGCUCGCGUCGAUAUAUGUCGUCGUCGCUUUCGGGUCACCCCAAGGCCUUGCCAACAAGGACCUAAUAAGAUCCAUCACCAUACAGCAGAAAGCGUGGCUGCCUGCCGUUAUCGUGCAUGCGAUUCUGUACGGUUUGUGCACGGCGCGGACGUAUAUGCGGAGGUCGGGGCUAAAAGACGAGGAUGCCAUCAGAGAUCGUGUCCUGUUAGAGGGUGCUGUAUUUUUUGUAGUUUUAUUUGGCGCACUCCUGAUAUGCGGCGUAGGCGGUUUCGACGCCAACACUACAGUGGAGAUACGUGCUGUAUACUCGAACUUCGUGACGGCACUCAUGUCAGUGUCAAUGUCCCGUCUGAUGCUCAGCAUCCGUUCUCUGUCAGUCUCCCUCGGGACUGAUCCGGAUUGGCUCCUCAGCCACCUGGAGAUGAGCAGGCUGCACUGGACGAAAGGCGCACGAGACGGCGAGCUGAUCGUCGAGGUGGGGGUCGGGCGGACGGAGGAUGAGUAUGAGUUGCAGACGCCUAGUAGUCAUGGCAUGUCUCGCUGUACGACACAUGCACCCUGA